AUGGUGAAAUUAGCUGAGUACCAGCGUACAGCUACUUUUGCUUGGUCUCAUGAUAAGAUCCCACAGAUUGUAACAGGGACCGCCUCAGGUACAAUUGAUGCCGAUUUUUCUAAUGAAUCUGUUUUGGAAUUAUGGUCUUUAUUAUCUGCUGAACCAAAUAAGCCCAUUGCAUCAUUAUCUACUGAUGCUAAAUUUAACGAUUUAGAUUGGUCUAUUGAUGAUCAACUGAUCGCUGGUGCAUUAGAAAAUGGUACUGUUGAAUUUUUUAAACUAAAUAACAACAAAAAUAAUAACAACACUUCUAUUGAAUCAGUAGGUAAAUUUAGUAAUCUUCAUAAUUCUACCGUUAAUACAAUAAAAUUCAAUCCUAAACAAGCAAAUGUUUUGAUUUCUGGUGAUAAUAGUGGUGAGAUCUUCGUCUGGGAUACUGAAAAAGCCAUCAACACCAACGCUAAUGGGGCAGCUGUUCAAGGAUACACCCCAAUGAAACCAGGUACUGCAAUGACUUCUAUUGAAGAGGUUCAUUCGUUGGCAUGGAACCAAUCUUUAGCACACGUUUUCGCUUCCGCUGGUUCUUCUAGCUUUGCCUCCAUUUGGGAUCUUAAAGCUAAAAAAGAAGUUAUUCAUCUAAGUUAUACUUCCCCUGCAACUGGGCUUAAACCACAAUUGUCGGUGGUUCAAUGGCAUCCCACUAAUUCUACUAAAUUAGCUGCUGCUACAGGUAGUGACACUGAACCUGCCAUCGUUAUAUGGGAUUUGAGAAAUGCCAACACUCCAUUGACCACUUUGGUUAAUGGCCACUCCAAAGGUAUCUUGUCUCUUGAUUGGUGUAAUCAGGACGAAGAUUUGCUGCUAUCUAGUGGUCGUGAUAAUACCGUGGUCUUGUGGAACCCAACUGCAGGUGAACAAUUAACACAGUAUCCACCUCAUGGCAACUGGCUAUUCAAGACAAAAUUUGCUCCGCAAGCACCGGACAUUUUUGCCACUGCAUCUUUCGACUCUAAGAUAGAAAUUCAAACUUUACAAAACCUUGUUAACGAAUUAGAUAAAGAGGAAAAUGUAACAAAACAACAAGAAUCAGAAACAGAGUUCUGGACGCAUGUCUCACAACAAGAAUCAAAUGAAAAGCCAACUGUUAAAAAGAUACAAGCUCCAGUUUGGUAUUCAAAUCACUCACCAGCAGCUACCUGGGCUUUUGGUGGGAAAUUGGUUAGCAUUAGUGAAGAUGGGAAAUCAAUCAAUAUUACAAAACCUGUAUUACCUGGUUUGGAACAAAAUAUUUUAUUAAAUGAUGCCUUAAAAUCCAAGGAUUUCAAACCAUUGAUUAAUGUUAGAUUAGUCAAAGGCAUAGAUAAGAAUAAUGAAGAAGAUUGGAACUUAUUAGAUAAAUUAUCUAUGGAUGGAAGGGAGGAAUUUUUAAGAGAUACUUUUACCUUAGAUGAUGAUGACGAAGAAAACGGAAAUAAAGAUGGUGCUAAUGAUCGUGAAACGGACACAGAAGCAGGUGAAGAAUUUUUUGAAAAGAUUGAAAAUAAAUUUAAACCAAAGGAUCCAUUCAAAUUAGAGAAAAACACCGAUUUUUCUAUAACUAAAAAAUUACUUUCUGGUAACACUAAGGCUGUUGUUACAGAGGCUUUGCAGAAUGAUUUAUUGUUAGAAUCUUUAAUAAUUGCUUUAGAUUCAAAUGACACCACAUUAAAGGAAAAAGUUAAAGAUCAUUAUUUCAAGAAAUUUGGAAAUUCUAAUUCUUUAUCAAGAAUUCUAUAUUCUGUUACAAACAAUAACAUUGAAGAUAUGGUUACCAAUAUGGAUGUAUCACAAUGGAAAUAUAUCGUAAAGGCUAUUAACAAGUUUGUGCCAGCCGAUAUUGCUCGCAAGAAUGAAUUACUAGUUCAAUUAGGUGAUAGAAUUUUAGAAUCUGGCGAUAGACAAAAUGCAAUUGCUGUUUAUUUUUCUGCAAACUCCAUCGAUAAAGUGGCUUCCAUAUGGUUAAAAGAAUUGCCUGAUUUAGAAGAUAUAAUUAAGCAAGAAAAUAAGACUGUUUAUGAGGCACAUGUUGAAUGUUUAACAGAAUUUGUUGAAAGAUUUACUGUCUUUUCAAGUUUUAUAGGAGAAUCAAAAAUAUCAAAUCAGGGCCUAAUAUCUAAAUUUAUGGAAUUUGUUGAUAUAGCAUCUGCUAGUGGUGAUUUCUUUUUAGCCGAGUCAUUUUUAAACAUUCUACCAGAUUCAAAUGAAGAUGUUAAAGCAGAAAAAGAACGUGUACUAUUGGCUUGCGGUAAAUCUGUUCAGCAUGGUUCAAUCCAAAAAGGUGUUGCGUCAUCUACAAUUCAACAUGAUAGAUACAGAAAUCCUCAUGCAAGUAAUAUUCCAAUAAAACAACAACCACAAUUCCCAACUGCAACUGGUAUGCCUCCUGUCCAACCACCAAUCAUUCCUAUACAACAAACAGGUACACAUCUAAACAAUGCUGCUAGAUCAGUGAAAACUGCACAUACACCAAAAGCAAAUCCGUAUGCUCCACCUACUGUUGUUUCUACACCAAAUGCAACUGCUACCAAUUUAUUUAAUGGUGCAUUAGGAGCGUCAAUCCCAACUUCAUCUUUUAUUCCACCUAAGAAUCCAUAUGCUGUUGGUGCACAAACUCCAGGUGCCACACAGACCACUCCAUUUGUUCCUCAACAAUCAGUUUAUGAGAAACCAGUGGCUGCUUCAUCUAUAGAGACACCACAAUCUGGUAUUGUAUCUGGUCAAAUGCCACAUUUGAAUCAAAAGGCAAAUGACGGCUGGAAUGACUUGCCAUUAAAGGUUAAGGAAAAUAAACCAUCACGUGCUAAAGCUGUAAGUGUUGCACCUGCAAGUGUAAGCAUUCCACCAGGACCUUCUACUCCACACAGUGAUACUAUCUCAUCGCGUGAAUUCCCAGUAAGGUCACCAGUUAACAGAAUUGCAUCUGCCUCCUCCAUGCCAACUCCACCACCACCUCCUGGUUUUAAAAGAAAAGAAUCAUUGGCUUCAAUGGAUAAGGGUUUAGAAAGCUCGACCAAUACAAAACCAUCGAAUCCAUACUCUCCUCAAAUCAACAAACCUGUACCAAUGACCCAAAGGAAUAGUCCAUAUUCUCCAGCCACUGGAUCUAUUGCUCCACCAAUACAGUCACAAGUAUCUCAAAAUAUCCCAGUAAACCCAUAUGCUCCAAAACAGCCUACUACAAUGCCAAACUCUAAUAUUUUGACCAACGUAUCUCCAUCAAAUCCUUAUUCGGUUCCACCAAAGUCCUCGUUACCUCCUACAGGUCCAACAAUGGUGCCUCCGCCAAUAUCAAAACAAACAAUUGCACCACCACCACCAAUGAGUAACAGAAGAAAAGUACAGCACAAAAUAGAAAAUAUCGCAAAUGCUACAAGCUUGUUAGAAUCCGUUCAACGUACACCAUCUACGACAAAUAUGGUCCAACAACAACAACAAAAUGUUAUUCCGCCUCCUGUUAGCACUCAAUCUAGUGUUCAGACAUCUCCUGCUGCUGUAACAGAAACAACUGCUGCCGUUACAAUACCGGAAGAUCAACAAGAGAUUAUUGCCUUUUUGAAAAGUGAGUUAGAACGUGUUACUCCAUUGAUUCCAAAAGAAUAUUCUAAGCAAUUAAAGGAUUGUGCUAAAAGAUUAAAGAUACUUUAUAGCCACAUGGAAAGACAAGAUUUAUUAACUCAACCAACAGUAGAUAAGUUGAAGAAGAUUGUUGAGUACCUGAAAAAUAAACAAUACACAGAAGCAAUGGAAGUACAUGUUGAUAUCGCAACGAACAAUGCACAAGAAGGUGGCAAUUGGUUAACAGGUGUAAAAAGAUUAAUCGGUAUUGCCGAAGCUACCACAAGUUGA